AUAUAAACAAGAAGUCGCACUGGAAAGCUUCUCCCACCAGCUGCUUCAUCUCGCGCUCUCUAAAAUGGAGCUUUUACAGUCGCACAGGGCGGAGAUGAUAAGCAUAGCGGUGGCUCUCGUAGCCAUCGUUGGUGGUUCCGCCUACUAUUACUACCUCACUAGGAAACCCAAAGGUCUCUUGGACCCUGAUAACUUCAAGGAAUUUAAACUAGUUAAACGGACCCAGCUCAGCCAUAAUGUGGCUAAUUUCAGAUUUGCUCUUCCUACACCAACCUCAGUGUUGGGUCUUCCAAUUGGACAGCAUAUGAGUUGCAGAGGAAAAGAUGCUCUUGGUGAAGAAGUUAUUAAACCAUAUACCCCAACAACUUUGGAUUCUGAUGUUGGAUACUUUGAAUUAGUUAUAAAGAUGUAUCCACAAGGAAGAAUGUCCCACCAUUUUCGAGAGAUGCGUGAAGGUGAUUACUUGGCUGUGAAGGGACCCAAGGGACGCUUCAAGUAUCAACCCAACCAAGUUAGAGCUUUUGGGAUGAUUGCUGGUGGAACUGGCAUUACUCCAAUGUUCCAGGUUACAAGAGCCAUACUAGAGAAUCCAGAUGACAAAACCAACAUACAUCUUAUUUAUGCCAAUGUCACAUAUGAGGACAUUCUUUUGAAGGAAGAGCUGGAUAACCUUGCCAGUAACUUUCCCAACCGCUUCAGUGUCUACUAUGUUCUGAAUCAGCCACCUGAAGGAUGGGAUGGUGGUGUUGGUUUCGUAUCCAAGGAAAUGAUUGGAGCUCGCUGCCCUGCACCAGCACCUGAUAUUCAGAUAUUGAGGUGUGGGCCACCACCCAUGAACAAGGCUAUGGGUGCUCACCUUGAUGAUCUUGGAUACGCUCCCACAAUGCAGUUCAAGUUUUAAGGCUCUGGUGAUGGAUCUCUUCUUAUCCGUUACUUUGCUAACUAGUACCAUAAAAAUGAGACAUUUAUGUAAUUCCAGGCUUAUCCGAUUGUGAGUUGUACAACGGAGAUUGAACAAAUUAACGCCAUUUCAAGCUGGAAGCUGUUUCCUUCUAAUUUACACGUGUAAGACAUGUGUACAUGGGCUUGAGUUUGAUUUUUAGUUUGAGUGUCUCUCUAAACCUAGCUAUUGUGGCAAGGCUGCCCAAUUUUCAAAUUGCUUUCAAGAACAAAAAUUCUUACUAUUAUGUAUGACAUGACACUUGUUUGCUCA